GACACACUUGACCACAUUCAAAGGGUGACAACAGCUCUACCCGCAACCAUGCGAACCCCAGGGAUCUUUAUAUUCGGCUUGGUCAUGGCCCCCUGCGGAUGGAUCCUAGACCUGACCAGCACGGUUGCACCCAACUGGCGCACCAUCAACAAUUUAGCUGGACAAACUUCAGAUUUGGUGGUGGAACAGGGAAUCUGGGACAUCUGCAAUACAUUUAUAUCUUCUAGAUCGCAAACAUGUAACCAACGAAACAAUGACCAAACCUAUUUCAACAGCCAGAUCAUUCCGAUUGCGCAAGGAAUGAUGAUCGCCUCCUUGAUCGUGACAGCACUUGGCCUGGCCGUGGCGACUCCUGGAGUUAGAUGCUGGAAGGACAGACCCCGAUAUAUAUUGGCUUCUAUGGGUGGUGUCCUUAUCUUCUGCUCCGGCGUCCUGGCCAUCAUCCCAGUCUCAUGGUACACCUACCAGCUGACCAGCAUCAACUCCAUCUCGGUCAAAAGAGACCCAUUAAAACCGGAUGACAUCCGUGUAGGAUACAGCAUCGUUCUGGGUUUCAUUGGAAGCAUCAUGGAGAUUCUUGGGGGCUUUGUGAUGUUCCUUGGUAUAUGCUCUUGCUGCGGUGGUCGUAAACGUGGAGAGAACCUUCAAGUCAACCAACAAAGACUACCAGCCAGACCGACACCUCUGCCAAGGGUCAAUGUUCCAAGAAGUAUCAGUCAGCUUAGUGGAAGCAGUGUGCCAUAUUCAAAAGACUCACUGGAUGAUGAUCUGGACUUCCCACGAGCCAAAAGUCGAGGGAGAUCUGUUAACACAUCUUAUGCUGGUAGACCCUAUGACGCUGACCUGUAAAAUUCUAUGCUAAUAAGCACAUACUGUGAAUAUUAUUCAUAUUAACGAUGUUAUAUCUAAUGAUUUGAGUAGACACUUUUGGAACUACUUGUUACACCAGUCCUUUUCUUACUUUAAGACGUUCAGUGUUUAGAACAGACUUUUAUUUAGAACAUUAGGGUUUUAAUUUAGAUUGUAAAUAACCAAAAUAGAACUAGUUUUGAAAGGUGUUUGUAAUGCACUUUAAAAAUUAAGCUCAGGGUAUUGUAACACUACAGCUGCAAGACUUUUAUAACAAUAACCUCUUUUGGAUGCAAAAACUUGUGCAAUAUAUUUGCUUUGGUGUGUAAAUAAAACUUCUAACUUUUCCAGAAGAUACUAAAAUGCAACACAAACUCAACUCUGUCAAAACAGUGUCAGGACUAACCCUCUGUGAUGCAGUAUAACCAGUUAUACUGGCUGUUUCAGUUUCAUCUGCACUGCACUCUUGAAGAAUGUGGGCCAUGUUUGAAUUGUCAUGUGAUCAGCGAGUCAUCUGAACACAGAAUGUGUGUAAUCUAUUAGAUAAGGGACUAUGGUCAAAAUAUUUUGCUCCAAAGUAAAUACCUACUUUGUGAUUGAUAUAUUUAAACCAAUGACUAGUAAUACUUUUAAGUCAAUUAUAGGUAUUUAUAUAUAUUAAGAUUGAAUAUUCAAACAAACAUUCAACCUGGAAGUAUCGACUCAGAUUUGACUGUAAGUGAAUGGAACCUGUUGGCUGUAACUGAAAUGUUAAACUUAAUUUACUUUGUUUUGCAAGUGACUCAUCAGAUCAUGUUACAUUUUUCCAUUGCACAGGGUUCGAGAUGUGUUGGUUUUAAAUGGCGAUCCAAAAUCCCAUUGUUUUUUUGUUGUUGUUUUUUUUUUACAGUUCUUUAUUUUAUUUUCAAUUUUUUUUAUGAAAGUAUUAUUUAUUAAAACCAAACACUGUUAUACAUGUAAACACUUUGCCAUAUAAACAACACGUUUGAGCCUUAAGAAAUGGAAAUAAAUGUCAACAUCUGUUAUGUUUUUUGUUUUUUUUCCCAGCCACUGCAUUUAGCUUGUGACAUAGAUACAUUUACUGUUUAGUACAUACCUUCGAAGCGUAUAAGUUAUUCAACAAGGUGUGGGCAAUUGAAGUGUUAUAAACAUAAGUACAUUUUAAGAUAAAUUCUAAAUACUUUUAAGAUGAUAAAACAACAUUUUGGUGGCAUUUAUACUUCAUGCCUGUAAUUAAAGGAACAUUCCAGGUUAAAAGCAUGUUGAGAUCUUUCGACAGAUUCUGUGGCGUGUUGUCGGUUACAUGCACACAGAACUUCAACUCCUAAAUUUGUAGUAAUGCACUAACAACAGAAGUCUACAGGGCAAGUGUAGAGCAGUAUCCCCAAACUUCCAUUGUAAGUGCAAUUCUGUUUUUGUUCAUUUUUACAAACUGAUGUAGGAGUACAAAUAAUUUCUCUCGGAAUCAUCAAGCCACAGAUGCUAUCGACCGAGCUUAUAAUUCGAAUUGAAUAGAGAAGCCUACAAAGUAUUAUUAUAUCAGUGAAUUGAAUAAAUCUGUCACUU